AUGUCGUCGGGGUUUGGCUUCAAGGGCGGCGAGGGCCGGUGCUACCAGUUCUGGAAGCGCGUCGAGCAGUGCAGUAGAGAAACUGAGGUCUCUGGACAGUGUGGAAAGCCAGUGGAGGACUAUCUCGAGUGCCUCCACCACCGGAAAGAGUUGACGCGUAUGAACGUGGUCAUUGCCCAGCAAGAAAAGGAAGAGGCAGCGGCGGCCGCUGCGGCCCGUCAUGGUGGCGACCAUGGACAGGAGGGUGGCCACUAA